GAGCUCCUCUAGGUCCCGCCCCACAGAGCACUUCCGGCUCAGCGGAACUCCGAGCACCGGCUGAGGUUGCCUGCGGACCUGACUUGCGGUCAAAGCCCCAUGAGCGCGGCGCCCCUGGUGGGCUACAGCAGCAGCGGCUCGGAGGAUGAGGCGGAGGCCGCCGCCGUGGGACGGACCAAAGCGGGGUCUGGGGGCCGCCGUUGUGGCCAGAGCCCCCUUCCCAGUCAGAGGUUUCCAGUGCCUGACAGUGUACUGAACAUGUUCUCCAGCACAGAGGAGGGACCUGAGGAUGACAGCGCAAAGCACGGAGGGCGCAUUCGCACCUUUCCCCAUGAGCGAGGCAACUGGGCCACCCACAUUUACAUACCAUAUGAAGUGAAGGAAGAGUUCCUGGAUCUGCUUGACUUGUUGCUGCCCCGAGCUCAGAUGUUCAUGCCCCGCCUGGUGAGGAUGGAGGAGUUCCACCUCAGCCUGUCUCAGAGCGUGGUUCUCCGACAUCACUGGAUCCUCCCCUUUGUACAGGUGCUCAAAGACCGAAUGGCCUCUUUCCAAAGGUUCUUCUUUUCUGCCAACCAGGUUAAGAUUUAUACCAAUCAGGAGAAAACCAGGACCUUCAUUGGGCUUGAGGUCAGUUCAGGGCAUGCCCAGUUCCUGGACUUGGUUUCAGAGGUGGACAGAGUCAUGAAGGAAUUUGACCUCACUACUUUCUACCAGGACCCUUCAUUUCAUGUCAGUCUGGCCUGGUGUGUGGGUGAUGCUCGGCUCCAGCUGGAGGGACAGUGCCUGCAGGAACUACAGGAAAUCGUGGAUGAGUUCGAAGACUCUGCGAUGCUGUUGCGUGUUCUGGCUGAGCAGGUCCGCUGCAAGUCCGGAAACAAAUUUUUCUCGAUGCCUUUGAAGUGAGCUGUAUACCCUGCCUCUCUACAAGCCGACUGAGAAGGAGGAGCCUGCUGCCAUCUGUGGGAUGCCCCAGUGAGAAGUCCUAGGCACACACUUAGCACUGUUGUAGUGGGCUGCUCACUCUCUCCUGGUCCUUUGGGUCUAGGUUGGUAGUUGGUUGCUGUGGUGUGGUCAUUUCCAGAAAGCACCAGUAGAGGGCAGCCCAGCCCUCUAAUCCUUCCUCUGCUGGUCUUAGGAAAAGAAAAUGAGCCCUGCUGGGGAGCCCACCCACACUCAGUCCCCACUGAGGUGUCUCCACUGCAGUAAUCUAUAUCAAUCCCAUUGGCCAUCAGCCAGUUUUAAAAUCACUGCACCCUAACUCACCUCUGUCAAACUGGGGGCUUCAGUGACUCUGUCACCCUCCUUUUAAUCUCCUUUAUUUAUCACCUUUUCCCUUCAUCCCAUCCUGAGCCAGGAGAGAUCAUUUCAGGGCCAGGGCACAGGGUGCUAAUUUGUGGUCAGCAGCAGUUUUCUUCAUUCCGUCCUCCCACUCCCCCAGCCAGGUGCCUGGGGAAAGCCCAGCAGAUGUUUCAUCUUGGCCUGGCUGUGGCUGUCGGCCAGGCCUCCAACACCCAUGACCCCAGCUUUCCCCCAUCAGCUUUCCCGAAGGAGCAUACAAGGCACCUUUCCUCCAGGCAGAGCCCUGCCUCUGUUGCAGAGCAUUCUUUAGGGAUAGCAGUAGGAGUGGGAGGUGGGGAGGGGGUCAGGGAGGCAUAGGGGAAUUUAUUUUCCAUCAAGCUUUUAUGGGGCAAAGAACCAAUACUCUCCAGUUGUCAUGGGGAUUUCUAGUGAUGGGUAAAGAAGUUUUUUUUUUUUUUUUACAGUUUUAAAUUAUGUUCAACAAAUAAAAUCGGCCUUUUUAA